AUGUAUAUUCCAUUUUUUGGACGUCUAAGUCUUAUGGACUGGCCUAUUAUAGUUAUAUCAUUCUUUUUGGCAUGGAUGGAGUUCAUAAUAUCAUCAAUAACAACCAAUCUACCCAUUACUAUAAUUGGAUAUUUUACGGCUCUUGCUUCAUUAUUUUUUAAAUUUACUUCUAAUAAUAUUAAUCUAAUUAAGGGGAAGUUUAAUGAAUCUGAAACUUCAAGUAUAAAUGAAAAGCAAGAAGAAGAGUAUGGGCCUAAAUAUAAUUAUAGUAUUAAUGAAAAAGAUGUCAUACAUAAAGAGAAAUAUGAUUUAAUGAUUGGAUUAUUAAAUUCAAAGAAUAUUCGAGAAAUGUGUCAAUUAUUUGGUUAUGAUGUUGAAAGUAGAAUAGUUCAAACGAAAGAUAAUUAUCUUCUUACUAUUCAAAGAAUUAUGAGUCAUCAACAAGAACAAACUCCAAGAAAUGGUAAAGUAAUUUAUUUACAUCAUGGAUUAUUAAUGAGUAGUGAAAUUUGGGUUACAAUGAUUGAUAAGUAUAAUAAUUUACCAUUUUUAUUAUAUGAACUUGGAUAUGAUGUAUGGUUAGGAAAUAAUCGUGGAAAUAAAUAUAGUCAAAAACAUCUUUAUUAUAAAUUACAAUCAGAACAAUUUUGGGAUUUCUCAUUAGAUGAAUUUGCUCUUUUUGAUAUUCCUAAUACAAUUGAUUAUAUUUUAAAGGCAACAAAUGCUGAAAAAUUAACAUAUAUUGGAUUUAGUCAAGGUACAGCCCAAGCAUUUGCCAGUGUUUCACUUAAUUCUGAUUUAAAUGAUAAAAUAUAUCAAUUAAUUGCUAUUUCUCCGGCUGCAACUCCUCAUGGAUUAUAUUCAAAAUUCCUUGAUAUUUUAUUAAAAUCAUCACCAAACAUAUUUUAUUUAUUAUUUUCGAGGAAAAUUUUGAUGCCUUCAAUUAAUUUUUGGCAAAAAAUCAUUUAUCCACCAUUAUUUGAUAGUUUAAUUGAUGGAUCUAAUUAUAUAUUAUUUAAUUGGAGGGCAUAUAAUAUCUCCAAAAUUCAAAAAUUAAGUAGUUAUGCUCAUUUAUAUUCCACUACUUCUGUCAAAACAGUUGUUCAUUGGUUUCAAAUUAUUUCAUCAAAGAAUUUUCAAAUGUAUCAUGAUACUCAUUCACAAUUAUCAGGCUUAUCACCUAUAAGUUAUCCACUUAAAAAUAUUCAAGUACCUAUUCAUUUAAUAUAUGGUGAUAUUGAUUCAUUAGUUGAUAUUGAUGUCAUGAAAAAUCAACUUCCUACUCAUACAACCACCGCCAUACCUGUUGCUGAUCAUGAACAUUUAGAUAAUUUAUGGGGCCAAGAUGUAUAUGAUAAAGUAUUUAGACAUGUGGUUGAAUAUCUCGGUGAAGAUCCAGAUUAUGUUUAUAACAAAUAUUUUGCCAAUCAGAGAUUGAUUGAAGAUAUUAUUUCUCAAGCCGAAGCCGAAGCAGAAGCCGAAGCUGAAGAAGAUGCAGAUAUAGAAGCUGGAGGAGAAUAUAGUGAAGAAACUACACUUAAUUUUCAUAAUCAUCUUGUACAUCAAUCAUAUCUCAAACUUUCACUUGAAACAAAUAGUAUAAAGAAUGAUGCUACAGAAGAAGAUAUAAUUUCAAUAAAUAAUAAUAAAAAGGCUGCGGCCACACAAGCGACUGUGACGGGGUCUGAAGCAUUAAAUCCUACCAUUGUUCCUUCGCAUAGACAACCAUCGACCGGGGCUAAUUUCCUAAAUAAUAAUGAUUUCCUUAAUAGUCAAAUACUUCAUCCUGAUGAUUUAAUAAAACGAAUAAAGCGAAGUAUACCUCGUGCAUUGCCAUACUACGAUAAUCAAGAUGUUACAGAAAAUGAAGAUGACCCGAUAAUUAAAGAAUUGAAAAAAUUAUAUCCUCAUAAGAGGAGCCCGUCUUUGGUGGAUGAAGCUUUUAAUCCAACCACAACGACAACCACAAAUGCAAAUACAACUACAAAUACAAAUACAACCACAACCACAACCACAAAUGCUAAUACAUCUAUAUCAAGCACAACAAAUACUUCUAAGAAAAGAAGAAGAAUAGAUGAAGAAUCCAUAGAUAUAUAUUCAUUUAAAUUAAAUGAAUUAUUACAUUUAUUGCUCGAAGAAGAUCAUCUUGAAGAUUCUAAUCGAAUGAGAAUUGAAAAUUCUUUAUUGGAUUUAACAUCUUAUGUACCAACCCCUGAAGCAAAAUGGUCAUUCCCAAUGGCUGAACCUAAGGAAACAGAACAACCAAGAAUAAGAACUAAAGAAAAGAAACAAAAUUUACCAUCAAGUAGAAAUAAAUUUGUUCAUCCUUCUGCUAUAUAUCCUAAUGGAACUUUAUCUAAAGUAUUAAUUGAUAAUUAUGAUAGUUUAUUAAAAUUUUCUUCAACUUACUUUAAUUUAUCUUUAGCUUCUCAUGUUACUAGAUAUGUGGUUGAUUUAAUUUAUUCAUUACAAUAUUGGGAAACUUAUCAUCUUAUUCAUAUCUUACCUAAUUUAGAUUAUUUCUUAAAAUUAAUUGGAUUUACAAUUAUUCCAACUACUUUUGGACCUAUAGUAAGACCACCAGAAAAUUAUUUAAAUGAUUCAAUGUUAUCUGGAUUACAAUUCCCAUUUCCUUAUCCAUUUUAUAAUUAUUCUUAUCAUUCGUUUAAUCCUGAAAUUGAAACUAAAAAACUUAAUAAUGUAAAGAUUAAACCAUAUGUUGAUAUUAUAUUAAAAGAUGUUGGAUCUCCAAUUAGGAAAAAGAAAUCUAUUCAACGACCAAGAAAGAAUGUAUCACCAAAGACUUCUGGUAAAUCAAAGCUUUCUAGUCGUAGAAGUAGAACUAAUUCAUUGACUUCUCGAGCUAAUAGUAUAUCUGAAGGACAUAAUAUUACAGAAAGUGAUAUUGGUAUAGAGGAAUCUGAAGAAGAUGAGGAAGAAGAAGAGGAUGAAGAGGAAGAUGAAGAUGAUGAGAGAGAACAAGAGCACGAAGAAGAUGACGGCGAUGAUGAUGAUGAUGAAGAUGAUGAAGACAAAGGAAAUCAAUAUGAAAGUUCUGGGAAAUCUAAUCAAACACAGCAUGAGGUAAGCCCAAGAUCACUGAAAAAGGAAAACAAAAACAAAAACUUAUCAUCUCAAAAAUCACUGGAUUCAUAUCGAUCCAGCCCUAGUGAAAGAGAUACCAUACAAGUCAAACAUGAGAUAAGGCUGCCUAAAUCUUCACCUUAUAAGAGUGAACGUUCUGCCCCAGAUACUUCUAUAUAUUCAUCAGCAGCAUCUGUUUCGAAUAUUUUGAAUCAUGACCCUGAACUGGCGUAUCAAGAUCCACGACAACCAACAGAUCCCACAAUUCAAGGAGCAGACGAUCAAAGAAUACGUCCAUUUGCUCGAAGGGAAUUAAGGUCUGAUGAAAGUUCAGAAGGAGAUCAUGAUGAUGAUGACGAUGAUGACGAUGACGAUGACGAUGAUGAUGACGAUGAUGAAAGUUUAUAUAGUGAAAGAUUACAAGGAAUAUCUCCAUUUACUGCCCAACAAAUGCUUAAUCAUCCUGGUGGCAUACCAGGUUCUCAUCAACAGUUUGCAUAUGGUAAAGGAUCAGGAGGAUCACAAAUAUCUGGACCUAUUUUUCAAUUUCAAAAUCAAUUAAAGUUUGGAUCGGAUUUAUCCAAGAAGAAACUUUCAGCAUCUGAUAUACCAUAUAUUUCUUCCGGUACUAAUGUUCCAUUAAAUGAAUUUGAAUAUGAUGAUGAUAGUGCAGAAGAUAAAUUUAAAAAGGGUAAAUCAGGAGUUAUUCAUCAAUGUCAUUUAACUGAUCCAAAUACUAUGAGGAAAUGUUUAAAGAUAUUUUAUGGUAAGAAUGAAUUAUUAAGACAUCAAGAAUUUGUUCAUGCUACAAAGAAGAAGAUUUAUAAAUGUAUUUAUUGUUCAAGAAGUGGAUCUAAAGUUCAAAGUUAUCCUAGACAUGAUUCAUUAGCAAGACAUAUAAGAAGAAAACAUGGAGUUACCGGUAAAGAAAAUAAAAUGGCAGUUAAUUAUGCCAAAGAUAAUGUUGAAGUUAUUGAAGAUCCCAAACAAAUAGUUACUAGACAAUAUAAUGUUGAACCAUUACCUCAUCCUCAAUUUUUAAAUUCUGAUUUUACAAUUAAAUCAAAUUAUGCUGAAUUUUUACUGUUUAGUGCUCGAGAUUCGGCUGCAAAAUUUAUUCCUGGACCUCCACCAAAAAAUAGAAUUGUAGAUGUAAUUGAAUUACCGCCACUUGGAAUUGAAGGUGGUGGACAAGAAGAAGGGAAAUCAUCCGAUGGAAUUUAUUUUCCUCGUUUACCUCCUGGAGCUGUAAUUAAUUCCGGAGAAUAUUAUAAACCAACUGAUUUAUAUCAAAAAUAUAGAUAUCUUCAACCGGGUGGUCAAUCACCACCACCAGGUAUAUCAAUAAUAGGUGGAAGUAGUGGUGGACCUGGACCUGGACCAAUUAGAGGUCAACAAAGUAGUACUGGUACUGUUUUACCUCUGAUUCAUGAAUUAGAUAAUAGGAAUAGUUUUGGAAUUCAUAGUCAAAAGUAUUUAUCUCCACGACAUGAAGAAGCAAGAAUUCCAUCUAUUUUAAAUGUAGCAGGAAGUAAUGUUACAAGUAGUAAUGUUACUGGUAGUGACAGUAAUGUUGGAGAUAAGAAUCCUGAGAGAAGUGUAUAA